CAGGAUUCAGGAGGAGAUGGAUGGACAGGCUAAGUAGACAGAGUGUGCAGACAGACAACGGAACAACCACCAACCAAGAGAUGUCGUCUGAAGAAAAGCUGGUGUCUGUGGCCCUCAACCCAACCUUUCUCCAGGAUGACCAGCCCAAGCUUUAACUUUGGAAGAUGCUCAUUGCUAGGAACCACUCUCACUAGUUGAUGUCACCAACAUCCCCUCUCACUUCAGAAGGUGAACAAUAUACAGCAAAGGUGAGGUGAUAAAGUACAGGUAUUCACCCCCCAUUCAUCACUCACAAAUACAUCUCAUGCAGACGUAACCUCUCCCACAGCUGCAGUUUUCUUUUCAACGACGUCGUGGCGGCAGGGUGAAGCAGACGUCUAGCGGUGUUGAAAGAGGCCCGCUGGGAUGCUUCAGGGCAGAAGUUUGGAGAGAAAGCGAGAGAGAUGAGGGGGAGAAGGAAACAGGAGAGAACAAUAGUCAGCCACUAUGGAGGAACUCCAGAGAAAAUUGAACCAGCGCUAUGAAGGCACCAAGCCCAGAAAGGUGAGAUUCAAGCUGGCGUCGUCCUACAGCGGUCGGGUGCUGAAGCAUGUGUAUGAGGAUGGACAAGAGCUGGACAGUCCAGAGGAGAAAUACCCACACAGCUUCGUCCACAGGAAGAUCCCACCCAGCCACCUGGAGAUGGAGCAGCUCUGUGGGUUUGAGGACGCUCAGGGGGACCAGCACGGCGACUAUCCUCCAACAGGGCUCAUUGCCCAGAGAAUAAAUGUGUACCGAGGAGUGGGAGGCUACAAGCCGACUGUUGGCCUGAUGGAGGAAGCGGGGGGAGAUGCAAAAUCCCAAGUGUUGGACUUUGGGAAGAUCAUCAUCUACACCAGCAAUCUGCGCAUCAUCAGAGCGCCACCGAGGACCCCUGAUGCACUGCGACAGCAGAUAGAACCCUGUGUGGACAUGGAGGGAAACCCAAAGGCCAGGGAGAGGGCGAGCAGGAGGAGGGCCAAAGCUCCUCGUGGAGGGGACGGGGAGGAAAUGGAGGAGAGACAGAUCAGCCACACAGAGACCAAGGAGGCUGACAGCUGCCAGCAUUGUGGCGGCUCGGGCUGCGCUCCCUGCUCCCUGUGUCAUGGCAGCAAGCUGUCUAUGCUGGCAAACCGCUUCAAUGAGUCCAUCAGUGAUCUGCGUUGCCAAGCCUGCUACCCCCAUGGUCUGGAGAGGUGCCAGUCCUGUUCCGGCAAAUAGCACCGUUUGGCUGACACCCACAUGUGUGAGAGAGUGAGUGAAUGAGUGAGUGAAAUAUUUGCUCUAAUCCAAAAUGUUCUUGGUGGGGUGUUUUCGAUGCACUACUAGGAAACAUAAGCCAUCACUGGAAAAAAUGGGGAAUUGUGCAUUGGGCACAAAAUCAUAAAUUACAAUUACUGUCCGCAGUGAAAAACGGCUUGGGAUAAUACAAACACAUAAUCACUCUUUUGUUGUCACAUUAUUUUGCAUCUGCAGCCUCCUUCCUGAUAAAACCUGGCUCCACAACAGAGUUAUCAUUCUAAUUAAAACAACGCAAACAUUUCACGUUUUACUUUUUUUUUCCUGCAGUGCUGUUUCUCUCGCCCCCCUUUCAUUCACCAGAAAGAAUACAUUUAUUAUUCAUCACAACACUGCAUGACAUUUUCUUUAGAGAGAAAAAACAGACGGCAAAUAAAACUGGAGCAAAUGGUGUUUAAGAUGUAAAAGAAUAUACAAAUAGAUUGAGAGAUAAGCGACACAAAAGACGAUAGUUUCAUAAAUGGUCAUGACAUUAAAAAGGGAGUUAUGAUGAAAAUGUCACACAGUGAUGGGAAGAAGCACCACUGCUCCGAGGAA